AUGGCCCUGGCUACUACCUCUUGUCAUCCGGAGUGCGAACGAGCAUUGAAUGCGCAAGAAGAUUAUGAUGCGUCUCAGUCUGCGGCUUUGGUAGCAGCGGAUCUGAUAAGCACUACGCGGGAUAUACUUAAGCUUGACACUGAGUAUACUAUUUACUCAGCUCAGUUUUUGGUUGAUAACGCUUGUCCAAAGAAGGAAGACGGGCAAAGCUGCGAGCUCACUGUGAAAGAUGCCCUUACUUUUGCUUUGAAACAAGGGUUAUCGAAACAAGUUGUUUGGGCACCUUUGGGAUGUGUGUCCAAGGUUGUUACCCCUUUUGCUUGUCAGAUACCUCUCGUUCCCAUGAAAGGAGAAGUGCUUGAGGCUACAUAUUGGGAGGAAGCACUUGAGCUGUUAAUGCAACAACCGGUGGGAGCAAGACUCCAUGUGUCAGUCCUGAGUUGGAGCGUCGUCUUGGAGAGAAGGGAAUUUACGAUGGACCGUCAGGUAAGGGAACUCGAUAUGUUGGACUUAGAGAUGUGAUGAUAGUUGAAGUGGUGGGGAUCAACGGAAAGUAUGUUGCGACUGUUCAAAUAUGCUACAAGAAGGAGACCUCAUUUGUCAAAGUUGCUGUGAAAAGUAGGCCACUCCGGCUUAAUGUUGGCGACAAGUCUCAGCGAACAUCACUGCUUGUUGACUUCUGUAUGCCUCGCUUUUCUAUCAACUAAACAAGAGCUUGAGAAGUAAGUAUCUGGAGGAUAACUUUAUGCUAGCUGUGCAACUUGUUUGUUUGUUUGUCCUAU